AAAAGGUUAGGAUCAAGUGGAAUGUGGCAAAAUAAGCCUCAGAAAUCUUCUUUCGGAGAUUCCAUCAAAGCCCUUGAAGCUGACAUCCAACAUGCCAAUUAUCUGGCAGCUGCUCUCCCACGAGAUUCAGGUCAGGGAUGUUUUCAGAUGAAAGUCUCGUACAGCCCUCUUGCUGCGUUGCUGCUUUUUCUGACAGAGUGGAUGGACUGCCUACCAAGGUGUUUAGGCCUCUUUCACAUACUUGUGUAUAAGGUAUAUGUGGAUGGUAUGCCAAAGAUAUCCUCACAAGAGAGGAGAGCCAGCUUGAGAGAAUUCUAUGCUGUUAUUUAUCCCUCCUUGAAGCAACUUGAGGGAGCUUUGAAGGAAUUGAUGGAGGACAGGUACAAAAGAGCGCAAUGCUCUGACGUCUUAAGCGAUGAGGAGACGGAAGCAACUCAUAAAGGUCCACAAAGAGACGAUGAAUGUGGCAUAUGCUUGGAAACAGGUUCCCAGGUUGUCUUGCCCUAUUGUGGCCACUCCAUGUGUCUAUCGUACGAUUGGUUGGUUCGAUCUCCAUCCUGCCCUUUUUGCCGGGGCAGCUUGAAGAGAGUGAGCUCUGGAGACUUGUGGAUUCUGAUGGGCAACUGUGAUGUUGUGGAUACCAUUACCCUUGCAAAAGAGAAUUUGAGGCAGUUCUACCUUUACAUGGAGAAACUGCCACUCCCGGUGACGGUGCCGGACAACGGUUAUCUGUCUUUUGAUUACAUGGUUUAACUCACAGAGAAGCGGACUUCAUCUCCUGAUGAAUGCGCAGUUUGAAUUUACUGCCGCUUGCUAUAUUGAGUUUGGAGCAUCUCAGCUCAAAGCCUGAGGCCUUGCACCAUAGACUAAUUGACAGCCAAAAACAUGAAAAGAUACUACUGUGAGUCAGCAAUGAAUUAGUUGACCUCAAUUGGUUUGUGGUGCUAUGACCUGUUGCAGUUGACGUGUGGCACUCGAAAACAUAUGUUUGGAAGAAUGAACGAGUAGACAAUAAAUCAUCCUUGUUGUCUCAUCCCCGUAAUCAUUUUACCUGAUUCUGGAAAGUGAAUGAUACAUAUUGGGAAAUGCAUUCGCUUUGCUCGGCAUGUGGACCUGACAAAACAGUAUAAGAAUUGAAAGAUCAUGCGUUAGUGCUACUUUGGUCAAGGAAUAUUGUGGCUGCUGCUGCUGCUGCAUGGAUACAAUGAAAAACUUUUUGACAUUAAAUUCUGAAACAAGCGCUCAGUAGUGCUAAUUUUACUACUAUCAUCAUCAUCUUCAGUGAGAAGCGUGCGGCUGGUAGAGAAUAGAGAUGGACUUGUGACCGUGCCAAAAACAUCCUCCGUUUCUCUGCCAGUAGUGUUAUAGACUUGUAAGUAGUGUCUUCGCCUUUUUUUGGCCUUUUUCUUGUUGGAUGGUCGAUUUAUGGAAGACCCAAAAAAAAAAAAAAAAGGAUGCAGUCAUAUCAGGCU